AUGGAUAUGUACGAAAAUUUCGGAGAUGCCUUCCAACACCCCCCUCAAACAGCUAAAAUGACUCUUGACCAGCUUUCUGGCAUUGAUUGUGAUCCCCUCAACAUUGAAGGCUACUUUAAUGCAUGUGCUGCCUUCCACCUGAGUGGUGUAGCCCAGCCAUUCUGGCAUGAUUGGCCACUUACGGAUCCGCAUUUGUUUUUCACUCCUGAAUCCCUGCAUCACUGGCACCAUGAAUUCUAUGACCACGAUGUUAAGUGGUGUCUUGCAGUUGUUGGGGAGCAGGAACUAGACUUUCGCUUCUCUGUUUUACAACCACUCACAAUGUUCCGACACUUCAAGGAUGGCAUUUCAAAGCUUAAACAAGUUACUGGAAGAGCCCAGCGUGACAUGCAACAUUAUAUUGUUGCUCUCAUUGUAGAUGCAGCCCCCCAUGGCAUUGACAUAGCUGUUUGCGCACUGAUGGACUUUGCUACUUAUCACAAGCGACAACAAUCAAUGAAGCACAUUGUCAAAAGAUUAUUGGUGCCCUCAAGGAAUUUCAUGAACACAAGCAACAUAUCAUUACUUUCGGCACGUGUCGAGGUGCCCAGAGCAAACAGGUCCUUGACAACUGGCAUAUACCCAAACUGGAGUUGA